UGAAAGUGCUCUUGCAUGAAAGGUCUGUGGAGAAAAAGCAGCACUGGGUCACUAGGGCUGGCUAGGAGAAAUGCAGCCGAAGUGAGCGCACUCAUAGCAAGUGGGAAUAUACUUUCCGUGAUGGACGCUUUUGAAGGAAUCCAUUGUGUGCAGCUCUCUUCCUCUCCUCCAGCACACUCAAGGUCCGUUCCAGGGUACGAGUUGCUGGUGGCAGGGAAUUCUGGGAUAGCAGUAUACUCAUCACCAACGUUUUUUGGCAAAGGUGAUUUGACAGAUCAGCAUACAGCAGAGGAAGAGAGAUGUCCGGUCGGGAGGUUGGUAGACCUGGAGUCAGAACCGAACCCCAGUUUGGGGGGUGAUGGGGGGCAAGGAGAGAAGAUGCCCCCGGAGGAGGCAGGAGCACAUAGACGAGAGACGUACAACAUGUCCCGUCUGCGGAGUUCCUCUAUGGAGAUCAAGGAGAAGGGAACAGAGUUCCUCAGAGAGCAGCUGGAUGCUGCACAAAAGGAGCUGAAGUUGAAAGACGAGGAGUGCGUCAGACUCUCUCAUGUCAGGAAUCAGCUGGAGCAGGAAUUGGAGGAGCUGACCGCCAGUCUUUUUGAGGAGGCCCAUAAGAUGGUGCGAGAGGCCAACGUGAAACAAGCGGCAGCUGAGAAGCAGCUAAAGGAGGCCCAGGGCAAGAUCGACGUGCUGCAGGCGGAGGUCUCUGCUCUGAAAACCCUGGUGUUGACCUCUACGCCCUCCUCCCCGAACCGCCAGCUCCAUCCUCAGCUGCUGUCGCCGGGCUCCAGCCGGGCCUCGUCUCGUCCCGGGGGCCACACGCGCAACAAGAGCGCCAGCGGUGCCCUACAGCUGCAAGCGGAGCCCACGCCGACAGAUGUGGUGACAAACCGUGAGGACAAAGAGUUGGAUUCGGUGUUGUUCGCCGAGUUCCUCUCGUGGAAGGAGACGCCCGGUCUGGAUCGCUCGUCAGCGUUCAUCAGCAGGGUGUACAGGGAAGAUAUCGGGCCCUGUCUUUCAUUCACCUGCUCUGAGUUGUCUCAGUCGGUCCAGUGCGCAGUGGAGAAUAACUCCCUCACCAUCGAGCCCGUCGCCACGUCGUCUCUGCAGACGCUCAAAGCCCUCGAAUGUGGAGGACCCAACGGUUGCCGGACACCCGUAGAAACUAAAUGUGCGUUGAGCGGCAUGUCCCGCCCCUGCCGACAUCGCAUCAAACUGGGAGAUAAAGAGAAUUACUACUACAUCUCUCCGUCUAGCAGAGCACGAAUCACAGCCGUGUGUAAUUUCUUUACUUACAUCAGGUACAUCCAGCAGGGUCUUGUCAGACAGGAUGUCCAGCAGAUGUUUUGGGAAGUGAUGCGCCUGCGGAGAGAGAUGAGUGUGGCCAAACUGGGAUAUUUCCUGACGGAGGAGAGCUAGAGAAACCAGCACACAAACACAAACACACAGCAAGUUCAUCUCAACUUUCACGCUAACACUCCCAUGCUGGUGUUUUAUAGCUCUACAUUGAUGUAUGCAUUCAGGAAGGCACUACAGAAGAAUUCCCAGAACACAAGCACUCCCUGAGCCAACGGAUAACAGCCGUACAGUUCCUCUCCACAGGCUUUGUGUUGUUUUUGCUUUGUAUAAGACUGAAUGCAGUAAAUGUGCCACCUUGUUAACACAGAGGUAAAUGUUUACAAGACAUUCAUACAAGUCAACAACAGAACAUUUUUCCAUUUACCGGUAAAAAUUCUCCAACAUGUGGAGGCUUAGUUUGACUUUUUGAUUAGUGUUUCUUUCACACUUCAGACUUUUCCCCCUCAGAAUUCUAAAUUUACAUCUUUUUUUAAUUAUAAUUUACAUCUCAAAGUUCUCAUUUUCUCUCAAAAUUCUAUUUUUCUUUUUUUUUGCCACAAUUUUUUUUUAAGUUAUUAAAAAAACUAAAAGUUAUCAUUUAAAAAUGUAAUUGACUUUUUAUCUCACACUUCUCAAUUUUUUUCCCUCUGAAUGUACACUUUUUUUUUUUUUUUUUUUUUUUUUUUUUUUAAUUCUAAUUUACAUUUCAAAGUUCUGAUUUUCUUUAGGAUUCUAUUUUUUGGUUUUUCCAACACAAUACAAAAUUUCAAAACAUUGCUGACUUUUUAAUCUCAUAAAUCUCAAUUUUUUCCCCUCAGAAUUCUGAAUUUACAUCCCUUUUUUAUUAUUCUAAUUUACAUCUCACAGCUCUGAUUUUCUCUCAAAAUUCUAUUUUUCAGUUUUUGCCACACAAUAAUAAAUAUAAAAACGUAACUGACUUUUAAUAUAAGAAUUCUCGUUUUUUUUCUUGCAGUUUUCAAGUUUAUAUUUCACAGUGUUGACUUUUCUUCUCAGAAUUACUACUCUGAAUUGAAUUGUGAGAUUUAAACACAGUUACAUUUUUUUCUUUUUUAUUCCGUGGCAGAAAAAUAGCUUCAAUACCGUCAUUUAACUUUAAGUUUUCAAAGAAAUUCAGAGUCAUCCAUUAAACACAAGACGGCAGAUUUCAUAGCUUGAGCCCUCAAAUGUUUUCAGGUCAUCUAGAGUUCCUCAAAAAUAUUGACAUGUUGACUUUUUUUGUAUUUAAAGAAGUCUUAUGUUGUUUCCGCUCUUAUUCGGAACAUAAAAAGGUCCCGUAUGUUCUUCCAGAUCUUUUAAAAACAGUUCAUUACUAGGUUGACAAAGAUGUGAAUGCUUACACUAGUUCAUUAUGGUAAUUCCAACUAAAGCAGUGCCAGAACUUUAUCUGAAGGUACUGCACCAUCUUGUGCAAUGCAUAUAAACCACUAAGGCACUUUGUGUCCCAGCAUGCUUUGUGCACCAGUGAACGGUUUACAUCUCUGAAUGGACGAUCCUCCAGAGAUCUUUUCUAUGCAAGUGUCAAGAAAAGUGCCAUGUGGGUCUCUUUCUGUUAUUGACUCUCCUGCACGCAGCAGCACUUACGUUAUGAUGCAUCGCACUCCAUGUUAGAGAUAAUAACUGUUGCAUGAUCGACAAUCGCCGUCUUACGGCACGAAUACAGUGUUUACAGUGUAGAACUCGCUUUUGGUGGACUGUCAUCAUAUUUAAUUUGAUGCGAGUGAAAA